AUGACACCCAGCUAUGAUCCAACCGAGACUAAAACAAGAACAAAAUGGGAUGAAAAGCACUCUUCCAUGACCAUGACUUCACAACUAUGGCAAAAAAGUGGAAGUUUUCCUAAGGGCACAAUCCCAGUUCGAAGGAUUCGAAAAAAUGACCUACUUAAAGCUUAUUCAGUUGAACACUAUGGAAGGAAGAAACCAAGCUUUUCGCAUCAAGUUGCUCAAUCAAGCGACAAUCAGAAUUCAAACUUUCAACAAAUGAAUCACUCAGCAGUAUUGAUUACAGAAGGUUAUAGCUACUCAGGAGCUAAAGGAGAUAUCAAAGUUUGGAAUCCUAACGUUGAGGCUGACGAUGAGUACAGUAUUUCUCAAAUUUGUCUCUCCAAUGGCCCUUACUAUAAUUUUGAAAGCAUUGAAUCUGGAUGGGCGGUAAAUCUGAGUGUAUAUGGGGACAGACAGACUUGUUUAUUCGUAUAUUGGACGGCUGAUGCUUCAAAGACAACAGGUUGCUUCGAUCUCACUUGUCUUGGUUUUGUUCAAACUAGUGAUAUAAUUGCUCUUGGCACAGCAAUAUAUCUAAUUUCAUUGCCUGGUGGACUCCCAUAUCAAAUAACCAUUUACAUAUUUAAGGAUCCCAACACAGGCAACUGGUGGGUGCAAUAUGGAGAGAAAAUCAACAUUGGUUAUUGGCCACCUAAUUUAUUCAAAUCUUUAAGCUUUCACGCAGAAACUAUGGAUUGGGGAGGUGAAGUAUACAGCUCCAAACUACAACAUGCUCCACACACUGCAACAGCUAUGGGAAAUGGAAACUUUCCUCUUCCUUAUCUGUGCAAUUCAGGCUGCAUAACACGAAUGCGAAUUCAUGACAAUUCUCCAACCUUGAAGUUCCCAGAUUGGCUAGAAACUUAUACGGAUAAGUACAACUGCUACGAUGUUAUGUAUGUUGGCGAUUACAUUGAAGAUCCUGAAUUUUUUUAUGGAGGGCCUGAUAGAAAUUAUAUUUGUCCUUAA